AUGGAAGACAACCUACGCAACAUGCAUAUCGAUGAAGAUAUGAAAGCAAAUCUGGUCAUCCCAAAUUUCCCUCAUGAUAACCCUUCAACAAACCUCUCACUAAGUCUGGUUGGACGCUUCUUGACUGAUCGUCAAAUAUGUACCCAGAUAAUGAAAGAGAGGAUGGCUGACGUGUGGCAACCGAGACGAGGAGAAGCCAUUAAAGAGAUAGCCUUGGGUCUCUUUCUAUUCCAGUUUUUCCAUCAGAUAGACAUGCAACGUAUCCUCAAAGGAGGUCCAUGGUCCUUUGAUUGUCACCUACUCAUUCUCAGCACUAUAAAAAAAGGUAAUAUCCUAAGUCAAGUACCACUAUAUACAGUCCCAUUCUGGGUCCAAGUGCAUCUCCUCCCAGUGGGUUUCAUGUCUUUGAUCGUCGGGCAAAGUAUUGCUAAUUAUAUAGGAGAAUUCUUGGACUACGACGUAAAGAAUUCCUCAGAUUUAUGGAGAUCUUUCAUGAGAAUUCGUGUUCUUAUUGACGUCAAAAAGCCACUCAAGAAAGCUAAAAGAAUCAAAAAGCCCGACGGAGAAGCCACAGUUGUAUUUUUCAAAUAUGAAAGAUUGGGUACCUACUAUUUCUUCUGUGGAUUAUUAGGACAUACAGACAAAAACUGUGAUAAGUUAUUCAACAUGGAACAAGAUGAUGGUCAGCGCGAAUGGGGUCCAUAUCUACGCGCCGACCCUAGGGGAGCAACCAGAGGAUCCGUUGGUUAUGUUCAAAAAAUUCAAAUCGCUGGGAUGCGCCAAUCACGGAACCUAACGUAA